AUGUCGGAGACGACGACGACGAGGAGGAGGAGGAAGAAAAGGGAAGGAAAGACGCGGGGCGAUGGCCGUGGAGGGAGUGCACGGACGCCUGGAACACGCGGUGGCCGUACAACGUUGCAGCCUGCCUCCAGCUCCUCCCUUGCCCUCAACUAUGCCAUGGCAAGGGCCGAGGACGGCUCCGAAGCCCUCACCACGGGCCGCAUCAACCUCAUGUUCGCAGCCCUCGCCAAGCUGAUCCCACACACGGGCCAUCUCAAGAAAUCGUUUGAUGUGGUGUUUGAGGAGUUGUAUGAUGCCGUGUACAGUCCAGAGUUGACCACCGUGGAAGAAAGUGGCGACACAGCAGCCACGCCUCGGCACAGCCGUGAGCAGAGCGCAAGGCGCGCAGUUGCAACUACAGAGGUACAGCGCAUUCCAUACGCAGUGCUGUGUCAACAGUUGCAAGACCAAAAGCUCUCUGUUGAAGAAGAAGUGAACCGCGCAGUUCAGGCUUGCGAGCGAAAGCAUGCGAGCGACCGGCGCGAUCUGCUCAACUGUCGGGCGGAAGUGGAAGAGUUGCAGACGCGGAAGCGGGAGCUUGAGGAGGUGCUGAGCAGCGAAGAGGCCAGACUCGGCGACAAGGAGCUGCGCUUCCACGAGAAAGAAAAGGAGUUGCGGCAGGAGCUGCAAGCGCUGCAUGAGCACGUGUCAACUCUUGAUGCGGAGAUUGCGGUGCUCAAGGCGGAGGUGGCGCAGCUGCACGUGACAGUGGCGGAUCUGCAGCCGUACAAGGACGCGCACGACGACGUGCAACGGAACUUGGGGACUCUCAUCCCCGGGAACACGCCACAGCGUGGCUAUCUCAAAGUGCCAAUCACGGUGAGGACGUGGCGGCAUUGGGUGGAAUGGUCCAGUCUCAGGCAUGCCAUUCUUCGCUGGUCAUACACAGCUGCGGUGUGGAAUUACGCCAUCAACAGCACGGGGUCGCUGAAGGCGCAGCUGCUGCAGUUUCGCGUGUCGCUCGUGAGAGACAUGGAAGCAGCGAACAUGAGGGCUCUUCGUGAUAUGCGAGCUAUUCUCUGGUUUCCACCACCAUCGACAUCAUCAUCCUUGUCGACAUCAUCAUCAGCCGCAACGUCGGCGUCUCGCCAACACAGCUGCUCCUUGACACAUCCACGUGCAUUUGUGUGGGACCCACCCUCAACCAACCAUGAAGAAUCGAUGAGCAUGCUGAAGACGGUUGCACGGGAACUCACCAUGACAGCAGCAGACAUGUCGCGCGCGAAAGAGAAAGCGCAGCAGUUUGCUGAUCGCGACACGGAGGCGUUUGAGGUCGUCGGCCAAUUUUAUCCGCAGCUGAAGGAGCCGCAUCUUCCGGCAACGCGGCCGGCGUCACUUGCUGUCGAACGGCGACCCGAACACGUCGAUGAAGACGACCACAAGUUGCUGUGGCGCCAGUUGGGCACGCGUCGCCAGUUUGAAUCGCUGCCGCCAACGCUUCUCUCCAUUGAGGUUGUGUAUGCGUACAUCACAGAUCUUGCUGGCCGCGUGCUCGCCCACGACGUACAGCUCGCCUUUGACACCGCCACCAGUGAGGACGACGUCAUCUCGUUCCAGCAACACAUGUACAACAUGUUUGACGAACGCUUUCCCCACGCAGAUGCCGCCACGCUCGCCAUCCGCGACUUUCUCUUCUCUGUGGAGCAUCACAGCAGCGCCGAUCCGCUCGUACAGCUGCUCUUCUUCUCGCUCGUCGGAAAGCAGGAUGUGUCAUCGCUUAUGCACUACACAAUCGUCCACAUGUUGAUCCACACGUUGCAGCUCUCAACGCCGCAACACCUCUCCUGGCUCAUGACGGAGCUGUUUCCAGACUCGCACCUGUCACUGGACAAGCUGAUGCUGGCGUACACGGGCUUUGCCGAUGGCGCCCCGUCCUCCGAUCGCAUCUCCCGCUUUUAUCUCCGCGAAACCGCUGCGCGCGACUGGAAUCCAGCAGCAGCCGAGAUUGUGCGCGUUGCUGCGGAGGUGGCCGGUGCGCCGCCAACGGGCUCGAAACCGCUCAGCGUCAUCAAGUGCGAACGCAUCAAGCACGCGCUCCAUCCACACGUUCCCGACCAGGUGCUGCGGCUACUCUACGAACAAUCCGCCAAGAUACAUGGGGUGGAUGCUGAGUUGCCGUCGAGUGUGUGCACGUGGCUGCUGCUCCACGCACGCUUGUUGUUUGAGACGGAAAUGGUUCGACUCAGCCUCAAAGACAGACUGGACGGGCUGUCUGAACAGCAACUGCUGGUGAACAAGCGGAGCCGCCUCGUGCAGCUGAAGCAAGAGCUCGCACCAAGAAGUGGACGGGCAAGCACGUCGUGA